CAAAUAAAGAUCCAGCUCAUACAGAUAAACAUAGAUCGGAACUGAGAAGCACAAGCCAUUCAGUAUGGUUUCCAAGAAAACCAUGUCCUCCCUUGCCUUUGUCAUGGCACUGCUGCUCUCUUGCAGCUCCUGGAGCAGCGGGGCACGGUACCUGGAGGAGGCGAAGCCCAAGGAGGAGUACCCGCCUCACCCCACCGUGCCGGAGAUUCCGAAACCUGAAUUGCCGCCGCACCCUACCGUGCCGGAGCUGCCCAAGCCAGAGUUGCCACCACACCCCAUCGUGCCAGAGCUGCCCAAGCCUGAGCUGCCUCCACACCCCACCGUGCCGGAGAUGCCAAAGCCCGAGCUGCCGCACGUGCCAGACGUGCCAAAGCCUGAGCUGCCGCACCCUACUGUGCCGGAGGUGCCAAAGCCGGAGCUGCCGCACCACGCCGUGCCAGAGGUGCCAAAGCCUGAGCUGCCGCACCCUACUGUGCCGGAGGUGCCAAAGCCGGAGCUGCCGCACCACGCCGUGCCAAAGGUGCCAAAGCCCGAGCUGCCGCACCCUGCCGUGCCCGUGCCGGAGGUGCCGAAGCCCGAGCUGCCGCACCCGGAGCUGCCGAAGCCUGAACUGCCGCCGCACCCCACCGUGCCAGAGCUGCCACACGUGCCGGAGGUGCCCAAGCAUGAGUUGCCGCCUCUGCCCGAACCUGAGCUGCCACCGAAGCCUGAGAGCCACUACCCGGUGCCAGAGGCCAAGCCAUGAUCCGACUGCAUACGUGCUGCUCCAGACUCCAGUAAUAAAUAUACUUCCUGUACUGUGUAUGUACGAUGGUGUGUAAUAUUGUAUCUUUAUCUGUGGUCUUGGUUGUCAUGAGCUAGCUAGGAGCGUGACGUUUCAGUGGUGGUGUAUGUUGUUCUGCUUUGUCCUUUGAUGAUCAGACGAUGUACGUAUGUACUGACUUUUAUGUAUAAACAGUCUACAGUCUACCCAUGUA